GUCCGGGAGGGAAAAGCGGGGCAACGAGACGUUGAAGGAAGCGCAGCCGCUGUGUCUCGCGCACGCAGCAGUCACGUAGAGCAGCCCACGUGACUGCGGCCACAUAUCUGCUCUUCUGCGGGACGAAUAGCGCCUGUUCGUGUUUCAGCCUUAACGCGCCGUAAGCUUUCUAACGUGUCCUUCAGCGACACGUCCUGGUCGUUUUUGUUCCAGUGGAAGAGACUCUUCAUGGUCAGCACUGAUGGAAAGAACCUCCGAGCUGGCUCAGUGACGAGAAGGAAAGAGCCGUCGACACACACACACACACACACACACACACACACACACACACAGAAGAUGGAGGAAGUGGAAACACACACAGAGAGGCGGCACUUUGAUUGAGUAAUCUUUCGUUUGGGAGCAUCUGGAGUGUCUUUCUUUGCUGGCGAUCCCCAGUUCUUUUGACCCCCCCCCCCCCCCCCCCCCCCCCACCCUCCUGUUGACAGGUUUUAAACAGCCACAGGUCUCCUUUACCUUUCGACCAAACCACCCCCCCCUCCCCUCCCCACCGCUCACAGACACUCACAAGCUCCUCUCUUCCAAGCGGCUGAGAGGUUGCUAUGGCAAUGGUUGUCGUGAUGCUGACGUAGCAUCCCGAAGGCAGUAGUUGUGGAGGUAGUGGUGGAGCUGGAGGAGGAGGAGGAGGUGGCGGCGGCGGCAGCGGUGGCGGAGGUGGUGGUGGUGAUUGUCGAGGGAUGGGAAGCGCUCCGUAUCCAGCUGGCGAGUGGAAGGGUAAGGCCCGGGGGGGCCUGCAAGAGCUGGCCUGCAUGCGCUGGAAGAUCAACAAGCAGAAAGGAGGAGGAGGAGGGGAGUUGGUGGUGGGAGCGGAGGAGAGGAGGUGCAGGGAUCCCACGUAUUCUCAGCAGCAGCAGGAUCUCUCAUCCUCCUCUUCUUCCCGCCCCGCGCCGCUGCCUCCUCAGCCCUCUUUGGCACCUCCAGCCAUCUACCACGAGAAGCAGCGGAGGGAGCUGUGCGCCCUACACGCGCUCAACAACGUCUUCCAGGACGGGGCGGCCUUCAGCAGGGACGCCUUGCAGGAGAUAUACCAGAGGCUUUCUCCCGGCACUCUGGUGACGCCUCACAAGAAGAGCAUGUUGGGAAACGGGAACUACGACGUGAACGUCAUAAUGGCAGCCCUGCAGACUCGAGGGUUUGAGGCGGUCUGGUGGGAUAAAAGAAGGGAUGUGAGCAGCAUCGAGUUGUCCCACGUGACGGGCUUCAUCCUCAACGUGCCGUCCAACCUGCGCUGGGGGCCCCUCCGGCUGCCGCUCAAGCGCCAGCACUGGAUCGGGGUCCGAGAGGUGGGGGCAGUCUACUACAACCUGGACUCCAAGCUGCGCGGCCCUCAGUCCAUCGGGAGCCCGGAGGAGCUCAGGAAGUUCCUACGCCAGCAGCUGCGAGGGAAGAACUGUGAGCUCCUAUUGGUCGUCUCGGAGCAGGUGGAGGCGCAGCAGGCGUGGCGCUCUGACGCCUGAGGGUCGCAGCGGAAACGCUUCGGGAGAGGAAGUAAAGUUGGAUGCACAGAGGCAGAUCCAUUUUGUCCCACUUUUUUUUGGGGGGGGGGGGGGGUUUGUUUACACAGCCGUUGCUGGACUCUGAGGAUGCAGCGAUGAAGGAAGCAAACACUUUAAUCACAGCGCAGUUAAGACUCGUAAGACGUUACAAUCAUGUUUCUGCUAUUAUCUUUUAUAUCUAUGUGUAUUGACUGUUGUCCGUUUUUUUUUUUUUUUUUUUUCAUCUUCUUUGUACCGCUCAAAGUUUCCAAAGCCAUGGGUGUCUGUCAGUUACCCCCCCCCCCUCCCCCCCGCCCCCCCUUUCACCACAGCGUGCCCUUUUAAUUGCCCCGGUGUGAUUCCAUCUCACUCCUCCCCUCCUUUCACAUCACAGGUCAAAAUCAGUGAUGCAUCACAUUGCCGACGUGGUAUUUCAUCCACUAACCAAACACGCACACACACACACACACACGUGCACACACAACAGUUUUAUAUGCAACAGAGCAAUGCAACGCCCUGGUCAAGCACUCCAUCUAGUGGCUGCUAGCCCUCGUCUCCUCUCAAGGAAAGAGUUCAGCAUCCUUCACGCUUUCUUUGUGAUUGUUCAAAUGAUGACUUGGUAGGAAUGAAGAGUGACGUUGAGGAAGUAAUGCAGUAAGUCAGGCUGAUAAGAAUACCUGUUGUCUUAGUCAUUGAUGAAAUCAAACUUACUAAAUGGCAGAAAAUGGACGUACUUGGUUUUACAAAGUGAUUGUCCAGGAUGACGUAACCUGAAGCUACAGGAUUGUUGCAGAGCUUUUUGAGCUGGCUCGGUUGCCGUGGAAAUGUAGAUGUUCAAGCUUCCUUCCCACGUUAAACUAAAUUUUGAAUCUUAACACAAAGAAGUCAGACAAAAUUCUCAUUUGUGAUAUUAAAUUAAACGUAUUUGGCUUUUGAAACGUGACGUUUAUUCAUCACAAUUGUCUGACAUUUUAUUGACAGAUUAAUUGUGACAUUAAUCCAUAAUGACUGCGAUUAAGUUAAAAAAAAAAAAAAAAAAAGCAUUUAAAAUGACCUUUGAGUUUAGCUUGUCAAUUGCCAUCUGAAUAGUCUCUAUGUGUGGAUGUUAAAAAGUAUCAUCAAUGUAGAGAAAGAUUGUUUUACAUAGAUGGAAGGUAACAAAACGAGGACGCAGCACAGGGGGAGAGGAUCAGUGUUCACUGUUAUUUUACCCACUGGUCCAGGGGGGGGGGCACAGCGGGGCCUCUGAGAGGCCGAGGAGACGUUCUGGACCUUGGGCCUGACGGGGGGAGGUUGUCGGGUGGAGAGGAGGGAGAGCGGUGUGUAGAGGAUAAGAGGAGGAGCCUUAUGAGAGAUUCUACUGUUUGUAGCUUCAGCUAAAGAGAAACUGUUAAUACUGUACGUAUUGUCUCUUCAAGACAACAUUGGCCUUAACUUGUUUACAUAAAAAAAAAAAAAAAAAUGGUUCCUCUGAAAGAUCAAGAGGUGCUGUGCAGUUUAAUGCCAUUUCAAGAGAUUUAUUCCAAAUCACCAAGUUAUGUAGAACAGAAAGAGAUGAAGUUCCUCAAGUAUAAUGUGUUCACUUUUCCAUCUAAAGGGCUUUACGUUAUGUUACAAUUAUGUGUUUGAAAUAGUAUGGUUUUAUAAAGAUAUGUUUUCUUAAGGCGCAUGUCUUAUUUAUAAGUGACGCACUUUGAUUCCCACCCAGAAUGUGCAGACCUUUCGUGACGUGUCGUAUCCGAGGAACCCGCAAUGGAAAACAUCAGGGAGGCUGUUGUUGAUUUACUGAGAUUUCUGGAGCGCCUCACAUCAUGACGAGUGUCGCACAAUCACUUUCGAUGUGUGCUUUUUCUGCCACGACAAUCCAUCCAGAAGACGUCCUGAUUGUCACUGUAUUUCUUUUUGUUGCAUAGAAAUAAAAGGCUUUCAUUGGCACUUU